CAAGAGCUUCACACUGCAGCUCUGUCCGGCCGGCGACAGAGGGGAUGUCCUACUAACUCCACCAAAACUUUCUAGAAACUCAGUGAACAGAAAAAAACACUGACUGACAAAAGUGUCGCAACUUGCCUCAUUCCUGUUUGAUUGAAACUUUAACAACUUUCUGUGUGUUUUUGUUGUCUUUUAUUAACUAAAACAGAGGCACAGUCUGCGCAUCCACUUUGAUAACUGCUGUGUGAGCCGGGUCACGCUUGCGUAGAGCGAUUUCCCCCCUCCCUUUAUUUUAUUUUUUAUUUUUUGACGUUGGGAUAAAGGUUUUCUUUAUCAUUUUAAGACUCGUGAUGGCUGUCCUAUCACUAGCGUUUCUGCUUGUAGGAUUUGUAUUGACUUCAGCUGACAAGGCUGGUGAAGUAGAUAGAGAGGACCAGUUGAGGAGCCGGCUGAAGGAAUACGGCCUUGUCACUCCCUUCAGCACUGACUCUCAUGGACACUACCUGUCACACCUGCUCUCUGCCACUCACAAGCAACGCGUCAAGAGAGAGGUGUUUUCUUCUGGUGAAUCUGAACAGAAACUUUUCUUCAACAUCUCCGCCUUCGGAAAGGAGUUCCACCUCCGUCUCCGCCCAAACAACAGGCUGGUGGCUCCAGGUGCGAUGGUGGAGUGGCACGAUGAGGUCCAAGGCUUUGGGAACGUCAGCGACAACGCUGGUGACGAUGCCAGUACAGGUGGCAACCAGACUGAGGCCACUAGCGGGACGGAGAGGAUACUGCAUCGUGAGCUGCUAAAGACCGACUGCACCUUUAUCGGAGACAUCACAGACGUCCCCGGGGCAGCGGUUGCCAUUAACAACUGUGACGGACUGGCUGGGAUGAUCCGUACUGACUCAGAUGAGUACUUCAUCGAGCCAUUGGAGAGAGGCACUCAGGAGCUGGAGGACCAGGGCAGGGUCCACGUGGUUUAUCGCAGGUCGGCUCUGCUGCAGGCCCCCUCCGACAUCUCUGUGGACUACCAACUACAAGAGCCAGAGCUGGAUGUUGCAGGGACGCUUGACUCUGUGGCCCGGCAGGUCAAUGAGACUGUCCACCGUCGCCGCCGCCGCCGAGAUGCCGGGGAGGACGACUACAACAUUGAAAUCCUGCUGGGCGUUGAUGACUCUGUGGUUCGAUUUCACGGCAAGGAGCACGUUCAAAAUUACCUCCUCACUCUCAUGAAUAUUGUGAACGAGAUUUACCACGACGAGUCACUGGGAGUCCACAUCAACGUGGUCCUGGUGAGGAUGAUCAUGCUGGGGUAUGCCAAGUCCAUCAGCCUCAUUGAAAGAGGCAACCCAUCACGGAGCCUGGAGAAUGUGUGCCGCUGGGCGUUUGUACAACAGAAAGGCGACCCUGAUCACGCAGAACACCACGACCACGCAAUUUUCCUCACUCGCCAAGGUUUUGGCCCCACGGGAAUGCAGGGUUAUGCUCCAGUCACAGGAAUGUGCCACCCAGUCCGGAGCUGCACCCUCAACCAUGAAGACGGCUUCUCCUCAGCCUUCGUUGUGGCUCACGAGACCGGACAUGUAUUAGGCAUGGAGCACGACGGCCAAGGCAACCGCUGCGGGGACGAAACGGCGAUGGGAAGCGUGAUGGCUCCUCUGGUGCAGGCGGCCUUCCAUCGAUAUCACUGGUCCAUGUGCAGCGGACAAGAGCUGAAGAGAUACAUCCACACGUAUGACUGUCUCUUGGAUGACCCCUUUAAACAUGAUUGGCCGCAGCUUCCUGAACUUCCUGGCAUCAACUACUCGAUGGAUGAGCAGUGUCGGUUCGACUUUGGUGUGGGCUAUAAGAUCUGCACUUCAUUUCGUACAUUCGACCCAUGUAAACAGCUGUGGUGCAGCCACCCAGACAACCCUUACUUCUGCAAAACCAAGAAGGGGCCACCCCUCGAUGGGACUGAGUGUGCUCCUGGAAAAUGGUGCUACAAAGGUCACUGCAUGUGGAAAAACCCUAACCAGGUCAAGCAAGACGGCACCUGGGGCGCCUGGAGCAAAUACGGCUCCUGCUCGCGCUCCUGUGGAACUGGAGUUCGCUUCCGCACACGUCAGUGCAACAACCCAGCACCAUCCAAUGGUGGCCAGGACUGCCCAGGAGUAAACUACGAGUAUCAGCUGUGCAACACUGACGACUGCCCCAAGCAUUUUGAAGAUUUCCGAGCCCAGCAGUGCCAGCUCCGGAACUCCCACUUUGAGUUUCAAAAUGCCAAACACCAUUGGCUGCCCUACGAGCAUCCCGACGCCAGCAAGAGAUGCCACUUAUACUGCCAGUCAAAGGAGACAUUAGAUGUGGCAUACAUGAAGCAGCUGGUGCAUGAUGGGACACGAUGCUCCUACAAAGAUGCCUACAGUAUCUGUGUGCGUGGGGAAUGUGUGAAAGUUGGCUGCGACAGAGAGAUUGGCUCUACCAAAGUUGAGGACAAAUGUGGCGUUUGUGGUGGGGAUAAUUCCCACUGCCGCACAGUUAAAGGAACCUUCACCCGAACACCAAAGAAAGCUGGUUACCUUAAGAUGUUUCUCAUUCCCCCUGGAGCUAGACAUGUGAUCAUCCAAGAACAUGAGGCCUCCCCUCAAAUUCUUGCAAUCAAGAACCAGGCAACGGGGCAUUACAUUCUCAAUGGAAAAGGAGAGGAGGUCAAGUCCAGAAGCUUCAUUGACUUGGGCGUGGAGUGGCACUACAUUAUGGAGGACGAUGUGGAGACGCUGCACACUGACGGACCUCUGCAUGACCCCGUGGUGGUUCUGAUUAUACCCAAGGACAAUGAAACACGCUCUACUUUAAUGUACAAGUACAUCAUCCAUGAAGAUUCAGUGCCUGUCAACAACAACAAUGUCAUCCAGGAGGACACGUUUGAGUGGGCUCUGAAGAGCUGGUCUCCGUGUUCCAAGCCUUGCGCAGGAGGGUUUCAGUAUACCAAGUAUGGAUGCCGAAAGAAAGGAGACACCAAGAUGGUCCAUCGAGGUUACUGCGACGCCAACAAGAAGCCAAAACCCAUCCGCAGAAUGUGCAACCUUCAGGACUGCACACAGCCUCAAUGGAUCUCAGAGGAAUGGGAGCACUGUACCAAAACCUGUGGCAGCCUGGGCUUUCAGAUCCGGACGGUUCGCUGCGUGCAGUACCUGCACGACGGUACCAACCGCUCCGUCCACAGCAAGUACUGCAGCGGGGAGAAGCCAGAGAGUCGGAGGCCCUGUAACAGAGUCCCAUGUCCUGCCCAGUGGAGGACCGGAGCGUGGUCAGAGUGCUCCGUGACCUGUGGAGAUGGGAUGGAGAGGCGUCUGGUCACUUGCCGGAUUGGAGAUCAAUGUAAUGGAGAAAAACCUGAAACUGUGAGACCGUGUAGGCCAGGACCCUGCCAUGAUGAGCCCUGUAAUGGAGACAAAUCCAUCUUCUGCCAAAUGGAGGUUCUUGCACGAUACUGCUCAAUUCCAGGCUACAACAAACUGUGCUGCGACUCCUGCAGCAAGCGCAGUGGAGCUCUGUCUCUGUUCUCAGAGGCAGCUGAGACGGAGGAGCAUGUCCGCUUUGGAUCAGCCUCCCAGCUGCUAGAGACAUUAACAGCCUCUGUAGCAGCCAACGGUACUCGCAGUGGCAAACAAGGCUCAGGCAAAGGAUCGGCCACAUCAGGCAAUGCUGCAAAACACAUCACCACACCUGGCCCGCUUAAGAAAACCCCAUCGAAGAUCACUACAGCACCAAGGCGGGUUCCACGACACAUUGGUUUCACUGGCAGGAAGCUGCAUGCUAUGGUACCCUCCCCGCUGGCAGAUCAUACUGUGGGUCAAAGGUCGAGCAGCUUGACAGAUAGUGGGUGGCCUACAGAAUAUUCUGAAGUGGAGAGAUGAAAGUGAUGCCCUUCCCCUUAAGGACUCCUAAUGUACAGUAGAUAAUCCAGCUUCAUCCUGAGUCUUUCCUGGCAAACCACAAAGAGAGAAACAGAGAAAGAAAAGUGCUGGUUCACUUUGUUGUUAAGAAUUGCCCUUCCCUUCUGUCCCUGAUAUGGACGUCAAAUAUGACUUUGACAUUUUACAGAAAGCUCCCAGAGCAUUUGAAUACUUUACUUUAUAUUGAAAGGAGAAAAUAUUACAAUUAUUUCAAGAUAAAGGGACACAGGGUCUGGAGGGAAUUUUCAUCCAUGUUGAAUGAAAAGUUUAAUAAAACACAGCUUUGGUAGUUUAAAGUGA